UAUCAACUGAUAGUAUUACAAUAUGGUGGAAUAACAAUAAAGAUUCUACUACACCAGUCCCUCCUAUUCAGUAUUACAUUAUUACUGUAUACAGUACAUCAAACAGUAUCAUAUUCAACAGCAAUACAGCUAAUACUAAUAUUACUAUUACUGGACUACCUCUUACUGAUACAAACUACACUAUUACUAUCAUUCCUGUUAAUGUUAUUGGAUAUGGACCAUCGGCUACUGUUAAUGUCAAUGUAGCUAUUGCUCCUACAAUGACCAGUAGUUACGUACCAUCAUCAUCAUCAUCAGUUACAUUAAUUAAAGAUAUAAGUACUGGUGCAUCAUCGUUGCUUAUAACAUCUAUGCCAAUAUCAGUACCCACUGCUACUGGUACAUUAGCUAUUAGUGUUACUGGAAGUGUAUCAGUAGUGACAUCAUCAGCUAUGAUCCCAAGGCCCAGUACAAGUACUAGUGGUUCUAGUGUUGUUUCUAUUGUAUCAGGAGCUGUUGGAACAGUAUUAUUAAUUAUAAUCAUUAUUAUUAUUAUUAUUAUACUAAUAAUAAUACUGGUAAUCAAAAGACAAAGAAGUAAAUCUAACAAUAGUAUAGAAUUGAAAAUGUAAGUAUAUAAGUA